AUGGCCCUGCCCACACCCCGCUCCCGACCCCGCAUCGCCUGCUUCCACGGCGGCGGCUCCACGUCCAAAAUCUACGAGUUCCAAUGCGCGCGCCUAGAAGAACUGCUAAAGCCCGAUUUUGAAUUCGUAUAUUUCGAAGCCCCCUUUACACGCAGCGCCGGACCGGGCGUUCUCCCCGCGUUCGACGAAGAGAGCUUCGGGCCGUACAAGACCUGGUUCAAGAGCGAGGAUCCGGAGCUGCAGGAUGGGAGUGGCUAUGAUGGUGCGAGGGAUGGCGUGCAGAGGGUGUGGGAGAUGAUGCGGGGUGCUGGGGAUGACGGCGAGUGGGUUGCUGCUAUGGGGUUUAGUCAGGGGAGUAGGGUUGUGGGGGGACUUUUGCUGGAUCAGCAGUUGAGGGGGAAGGCGGGGCGGAAGGAGGACGGGGAUAUUGAGCUGAAGUUUGGAGUGCUUUGCAUGGGCGGUGGAGCUCCCAUGAUUUCAGUCAUGUCACGUGGUUGGUCCCCCUUUCCUCUCCUCAUGUAUGCCUCUUCACAUGGCGAGCUUGAGCUAGUGUCAAUCCCGACGUUCCAUCUCCACGGGCUCAAGGACGCGAAUCUGUUUCCGGGGAGAAAGCAAAUAGCUACGUACUAUGAUCCGCAGACGACGAAGCUGAUGGAGAUUGAUUACCAUCAUGCUAUGCCUUGGAAUCAUGACGAUCUACAUGGUUUUGCAAAGUUUCUCAGAGACGCGUAUAGUGCUACUCAAAGCAAACCAUGA